AUGCGGCCCGACGGCAGGCGGAGCCAUUUCUCGUCCGGGUCGGCUGCCGUGUUUUCCGUCUUGGUGUUCGCGGCCUCGAUGUCGUCCGUCCCCUCGACGUCGCUGUCCGCCUCCGAGUCGGUGGACGAGUCCCCUGGGGCUAAAGACACACUACUCGACGUGAACACCUCUUUCCACCUGCAAACGACCGCAUCACCAAGACAUGGCUCCCUCCGCCGCCAACGGCCUCGGCACCACCUUUGCCGUAGCGCCGCCGGCCAGGACGUCGUAGAUGCGCUUCCCAAACCUCGAAAAGGCAUUGGUCAUGCCCCCGAUCUCGGUCAGCUUCUUCUCCAGCGCCGACAGGGCAAAGGGGAAGGCCUCGCCGCCGAUGCGGAGCAUGUUCUGGUCCAGGUCGAUCUCGAUGGCGGCGCCCGUGCCGGCGAGCUCGUAGAAGCGCUCGUCGCUGAUGGUGAAUCCCAGCAGGCCGAGCGACGGCAUGUUGCGCGCAAAGAUGAAGGCGAAGCUCUUGGCGAUGACGCAUUUCGCCCCGACGCCUGUCGAAAAUCCACAUGUCAGUGA